AUGCCUUACCGACAGAAUGCAUCUGCAACCACACAGCCUAGCAAUGUGAAAGCGAGCAAUACGAGACCCGACGACCUGGAUAGCAGUGGUGUCGCCAUCGCAGGAGUCGACACUCUUCCCUCGUCCAAGAAGCAGCCGCCUUCUUCCUUCCCGGCCGCCUCCAUGACUGUAUCGACGGCGACAACCAAACGCGACUCUGGCGAAAAUGCGACUACGACUCGCAGAAGACAGUCGUCCAUCCCCAACGCCGCAAAACCCCCGAUGGGUCCGCGUCCCUUGGAUUAUGGGAGUCUGGGGAAGAGGUCGGCUAGCAGUUCGAUAACUCCCCAGUUCAAGUCUGUACGAGGUGCCUCCGCCGUUGCUUCCCAUGAUCCAUACACCAACGAGCUAUCCAUCAACGACAUCUCCAGAUUCAGUUUUGCAUCUAUACAGGCAAAACCUCCGACGCGGGACGACCCUGAUGGCUCAUUGGACUUCGGGAAUUUCCUGGAGCCGACUUUCAAUUUCGACGACUUCCAAGACACGAUUGUUGGCACCGAACCCAGUCUGAACCAUUUCCCUCUCCCCGGUCGGGGGACAACGGUCAAAGCUCCUCCUCCCUCCGAUACUUCUGCACCCGAUCAAAAGAAGACACUGUCGCAGCCCACGAUUCCCAUACCAUCCCGAAAAGGAUCAGGCGUGGUCCCAGUGACCCGUAAGAGUUCCACAGCCUCGAAUAAUUCGAGGAAUUCUGUCAAGUCUGACUCUAUGGCCACUGCCACAACGUCAAUCCUUCGAGGACGAAGACAGAGCCAUUUCCCGCCGAAUUCAUUCAAUAAUGCAAAUGGUGGUCCUAAGGCGCCGAGAAAGUCGGUGGGCCCUGGGACUUUUGUUGCUCCAGAUCAUUCAGAGAAGUCAACAGUGAGGAGACGACCCAGCGCAGGGGGUAGAAAGUCCAGUACGGAAGGCGGCAAGAACUUGUCCCUGAAGCAAUUGUCUCAUCGGGCCGAAGAGAGCGGUGCGGAAGACAUAAAACCACAAAGCACAACCAAGUCGAGGGCAUCGCUAGCUCCUAAGCGACAGAACUCCAAAGACUUACUCACCCCCUCGAGGACACCAGAUCCGUCACGGUCGACUUCUACUGCAACUCACCACACGCCCACGAGAAGGAGUGGAACACCCGGAAGGACAACCACCCCAGGUGGAAAUGUUGACCGUAACCGUCGGGUUUCCGUUAUGCCUCAUCAUGCCACUGGGUUGGGGGCCCGUACGGUUAGCCCGACCGAUGCUCGCCGCAUGAAACGGAUGUCCAUAGUUCCUCCAGCACCGCCUUUGCCUCAAAGUCGGAUCUCCCAAGCUCCCCCAACUCCGCAGCCCGAGCCCAUGCCCCAGCUUCCUCAACCCGACUUACAAUCUCCUGCCAUCCCGAACCGCAAGAGCUUGACGCCGUCUUCUUCAAGGACCACUCCAGAUCCCAAUCGGAAGUCCUACAGCUCAGGUCAAUCUUUAUCGUCGAAUACCAGUUAUAGUUCUGUCCGAAAUGCUGUCACAAACCCUGCAAGACUUCCCCAGCCAGUCAGCUCUUCAAGAUUGCCCACAGCGAAGCCCCGGCUCGAUAUUUCCACGACGACAAACUACGAAUUGGAAGUUCCGCCUGUCCCAGCAAUACCGAAAGCAUAUGAGUCUCCUGGGAGUGAACUAGAUCAGCCAUUCUUCUCGGCGAGAUCUUCCAGUCUUCCACCGUUUGAUGGAGCUAUAUCUGCGAGUCCCGUGGUAUCCACAGUAGCCGAUGCUAUGAAGGUAUUGGAGACACCUCGAGCGCCCAGCAACACCUCACAUAAUUCGGCAUCUCAGCCUCCGCCUCCUCCAGUCGAGCCUGAGCUCAAGCCGAAACCGCAACCGCAACCGCAACCGCAACCACAGCAGCAUCCGCAGACCCAGGCCAAACCGAACAAGAAGUCUCUCCACACUCUGAGACUGCCGCCAUUAAACCUGUUACCCUUGAGCACACCUACCUCUGCGAAGAUCAGGUCGCUAAAUGCCAAGUCUGAACUUGGGGAGCCUCCGGUGACACCGCCCGGGAUGCGCAACAACAUGAAAACGCCGAGCACACCUAUGACGGCAUCUAAGGCAAGUUUCUUUUCUAGGGGACAUAAAGCCGUCGACGAGGGUCCGACAAUGCGAAGUAGCACAUCGCAUCAUGCUCUACGGUCAGACGAGUUGCGCCCGCCUAGCGAAAUCAGUCCGAGCUUGCCAGUAUUCUCCUUUGAAUCAGACAAAAAUCGCACGAUUUCUCCUUUUGUGUCGUCGUCGCUGCCCAAGAGCAAUGAUGACUUUUCGAAUUAUAUGCGACCCAACUUCAUCAACGAGCUAAACAGGAACCCCAGUCAGCCACGACCGAACGGACCUCGUGCACCCAGCUUCUCGGUUACACCGAAAGCCGACGUUCAAGUCGUCCCAAGUCCAGCAGAAAAACAAAGCGAGAGCGAACCAGUCUUCUCCACAACAUCACUCAGGAGGAAAUUGAGUCGGAAACGGAGCGAGUCAAAGUUGCCAGAACCGGCGACGCAGGAUGAUGACUUGUCCAAAUAUGACAACAUGCCUCCACCAAAGCUUCCAGCCUCCGCAAGUUGGACAAAUACUCAAACUGGUGCCGCUAGCCCUCAACGGCCGUCCUAUCUUAGGUCUAGGAGACAGACAUCUACUUCAAGUACAAAUAACGGCCCCGAGAGACAAGCAAGCUUCGACAAUACUGCAUCAAAUGGUCGUCCUUCACUUGAUUCUGGGAGGGUUCUUAUGGUUAACUCGAACCGGUCGGGAUCCGUGGCAUCCAGCGCGCCUAAUCCUGUUGCUCACAAACCUGCACAACAACGACAACAAGAACAGUCCCUGGAUCGCGACGAUCUGGUUGCGGAGGAUGAAAUGAAGAAGCUUGCUUCGAAGAGAAAGGAUUUCGAGUCUGCCGCAAGGGAGUUGGACAGCCUUCGAGCCAGAGCCAAACCCGCUACUCGCAUGUCCCACGUCACAGCUUCUCGCAUUUUUGACCUAAAUAUCUUUGAGCGAGGUGAGAUUGUUGAUUUCGCGGAUGUCUAUUUUACAGGGACUCUAAAUGCCCGGAAAAUCGUGGGAGAUCCUGGAUCAGCUUCUACGAAUUUCGGAUAUGAUGAUGAACGCGGAGAUUACAACAUCGUCGAAGGAGACCAUCUGGCCUACCGAUACGAGGUUGUUGACCUUCUCGGGAAAGGCAGUUUCGGCCAAGUCGUGCGCUGUGUCGAUCACAAGACUGGGAUUCUUGUUGCAGUAAAGAUCAUUCGAAACAAGAAGAGAUUUCACCAGCAGGCUCUCGUCGAGGUCAAUAUAUUACAAAAGCUCAAGGAAUGGGAUCCUCACAAAAAGCAUAGCGUUGUCAAUUUUGACCAAAGCUUUUAUUUCCGUGGCCACCUUUGCAUCUCCACCGAUCUCCUGGGCAUGAACCUGUACGAAUUCAUCAAAGCGCACGAUUUCCGAGGUUUCUCACUUAAACUGAUUCGACGAUUCACGAAACAACUUCUCCAGUGCCUAGUCCUUCUGCAACAUCACAAGGUCAUUCAUUGUGAUCUCAAACCGGAAAAUAUUCUCCUCGCGCAUCCCGUUCAUUCUGAAAUCAAAGUGAUUGAUUUUGGUUCGAGUUGCUUUGAGCACGAGAAGGUAUACACCUAUAUCCAAUCCCGGUUCUAUCGGUCGCCUGAAGUUAUUCUGGGCAUGUCUUACGGCAUGCCCAUCGACAUGUGGAGCGUCGGCUGCAUCCUGGCAGAGCUCUACACCGGCUACCCAAUCUUCCCGGGUGAGAACGAGCAGGAGCAGCUGGCUUGUAUUAUGGAAGUCUUCGGGCCGCCGGAAAAGCAUCUUAUCGAGAAGAGUAGCCGGAAGAAGCUCUUCUUUGAUUCGAUGGGUAAACCUCGCUUGACGGUCUCUUCUAAGGGAAAGAGAAGGCGACCGAGCUCCAAAGACUUACGACAGGUCUUGAGAUGUGACGACGAAGCAUUCCUGGAUUUCAUUACUAAGUGUUUGAAAUGGGAUCCGACACGAAGAAUGACUCCUCACGAGGCGAACAAGCAUGAAUUUAUAACUGGGGUGAAAAUGAGCUCGAGCGCGAACAGGAGAAACACCCAAUCUGCCGUUAACUCCCCGGUUAAGAGAGGGAACUCGUUGACAACCGCCAUGGGCGCCCGACCGCUGCCACAACCUCCCACGACGCUGAAAGCGCCAAUCUCGAACCGACAGGAGGCUUCACCAAACAAAGCGGGACCGCGGCGUCAAUCAACCAUGCCUGGGACCUUUCAAGGCGCAGCACAGGCCAAGCGUGCGUCGCACGCAGCCAUGACUUCGUCGGCGUCAAAUCCGAAUCUCUCGAGGCUGACUGUCGGUCAAAGGACCAUGAGUAAUCGAUCUGAUUUAGCCGCUGCUGCCGCCGCUGCCAGCCUGGUGAAGUAA